AUGAAGACAGAGGAAACAAAGUUAAAGGCCUCCUUUACGAAGGAGAUGCCCGUCAACUCUGGUACAUCUACGAAUUGCACUGUUAAGGUUCCGAUUCUCAUUGACAACAAUCCAAAGCCGGUGCAUAAACGUAGCGUCUGUCAAGCCAAAGUUCCGAAACAUUCUACCUGCACAGCAAGCUGCACGAACAUAAAAAAUUCGUGGGUCAUUUGGAGUGCGGUGGCCUUCAGCGCGGUCGUUGUCAUUGUAAUUUUCGCGUCCCUUCAAGGAAAAACCAGCGCCGAAUUAAAAAGCGCUAAAAAUAAAAUCACAAAUUUGGAGUCGAUGGCUGAUGCUUUGCGCAAAGAUAUCGCUGACCUGGAACAAAGGUAGGAGGAUUGUUACAUGAGUGUAGAAAGGUUUAGUUUAAUUGUAAUCUCCGUUCGUGACUUUGCAAAUCUCCUAACACCAGUACGAAUCGUUAAAUUAUUUCUAAAUUAUACAUAGCGAUUCAGUUUGUCUUUCCAUCUAUUAGCCCAUUUGGAAGGAAUAAAAUUAUAAGCACUGAGGUCAAAGCGAAACUCUUUGCAACCUUUUUUCCAUCUUUGAAUUUUCAGUCAAUCUGAAAUUUUAAUUUUCAUCGCUGUAGGAGUUCAAAAUUUUUAUGUACACGUCCUACGUUUAAGUUUAGUCAUGUUGAAGUAAAUCUCAUGACCAUGAAUUAAGGUAUGUGUCCUCCAUAUUUCGCUGUUUCCCCCUAGGGGGAUCAUGGCAUUAAUAGAUUUUGUUGAAAAAAAAAUCGCUUACAGAUAAGAGUAUCGCAAUUGGUUUAUAUGUUCCUGUUAGCGAACUGUAUGACUUAUAUUUACUCAAAUUAUGAGGGUUUCUUAUGUAGUUCCAAGUGAGCUCCUUUUACACGACUUUUACUGGAUUUUAAGCCAUUUUUUUGUCUUAAUUGCUAUCCUGCUAAGAAGUGGUUAAUGCCUUCUUGUCUAUAUUAUGUUCUCUUGUUGUUGAAAAAAGCCCCUAAAACAGAAAGCAACCCACGAUAUUCAUCACAAGACACGUGCUGGUUCCGUCUUUGUGGCUGUCAGUUUUGUAUACAACCAGUUCAUUAAUAAAACUUUUAUGACUUCAUCACUAAAUUCUCUACAUCUCUAAAUACAGUUUCAGGGCAAGGGCUACAUAUCGAACGUAAGAUUUUUCUCACUAAGUCACUUUUAAAUCUCAGUUAUUUAUUUGAUAUUGUUGCUUCAUUUUGUUGUUUCCCUUUUUUCGUUUUUUGUUUUAUUUUGGACCUGAGGGCUUCAGGCUAUUUCUAAUUUAUUCUUGUGUAUAAGAUCAUUAACUCAUCUUAAAAUCCCGAACCAUCUCGCUCGUAAUUAAACCUUUUAGUAGGCCGAACUAAUCGGCACUUUGUAUCCACAGGCCAUUCAUGGAACAAAAUUGGUAGAAAUCACAAUAACGAUUUUCGCAAUUAAUUAUAAUCACAUGCUAUUAUCGCAAGCUACUACAAACAACGCGUACAUCAUAUAUGCAUUUUGGAGGAAGCGAUAUGCUAUAAGCAGGUGCUAUUAUAAUUAUCCUUGCUUAUAAACCUUAAAAUAACCCAGGCAUUUGAAAUUACGCGCUUUUGAUUUUGCAUUAUUAACAUUUUUUUAAUCGACCCUGCAAGAAUUGCAUUCUUCGAUUUCUCAUCAAAGCACAGGCGUGAUUUAGUUGCGAUAAUUUUCUGCUGUUGAAAAACAAUAUUUCCUUUGUCCUAGGCUUAUUGUGCGGGAAGACUGGGCCCGACUGUUUAGUGUGUUUCCGGGUAUCUAUCGGCAAGAUUCCUUAGCUCUCGAAAUUAAAAUAAGAUGAAAAGAAAAAAAAAAUUUAAUGGAAAAGAAAAAUAAAAGAAAAAAUUAAAGCCAUCUCAACCAGUGUUGCGCCAAUUUCAAUCUCUUGCGGUUUUGAAGGUUGACCACAGUCAAAAUAUGACUGGAAUUUGUUUUCUAUUUUUAAAUUCGCCAGUAAAUGUUAAACUUUUCGGCUACUUUAUACAGUAUAUACUAUCAUACGCAAUGCUCUCUGUCUUUGAUUUGAAGGAAAUGAAGUAGAGAGAAAAAACAUUUCUGUCUGUGCAUACCAUUUUUUACAACUUAAAUCGGAGGUUAUUUAUAAUGAGAAUGAUAAAAAUUGAGGUUUCGAAAUCCGAUUUUUGUUUGUUUGUUGAAGUAAGCGGGGGUAACUAUAACCUCAUGCAAAUCUGGUUGUACACGAAGCAUCAAGGUGACGCGAAUGAGUUGUCUCUGAUGUUUCGAAAACAGACUGUCACGCUACUGAUUACCUCGAUAAAUGAUUUACGCGUUUGUAGAUGCAACAGAGAGACCAUGUCUGAGAGUGAUAGACUUUUGUUUGUUUGUUUGUUUUGUUUUUUGUUGUUGUUUCUUUUUUAUCCCAAAUGUUUCUACCUCUAUCGUAACGAACACCGGCUCAUUAUUUUACAGGGGCACCCAACGAGAAUGUAGUUCAAAACCACUUAAACAUAGCAUUGUUAAACGUAUUUUAGUAUUUAAACGGUAGAUAUAGGCAUAUUUUUAUCCUUUUCAAAAAUUUCAGCUGGAAAAAAGGCUCCCGAAAAUUCUAUGUCACCUUUUUAGGGUAAAAAUCCGUAAAAAAAUGGACAAUUAUACCAGUUUUUAGAUGUUCGAAAAUCCUAGGAGAGGCAGGCUAGCAAGAAAUUUUACAAUGAAAUGUUCCAAAAAUUCUAAAUCUCAAAUCGUCUUCCGGACAGAUAUUUUCCGAAAAUUGUCGUUGGGUGCUCCUGAUUUUAAGCCUCUCCUCUCCCUUGAGAGUCAGGUAUAGCUGGUGAAAAUACCUAUCAGGUCUUUUACUUAGGAUUUUUUCACUUCGAUCCAAACUCCUCGACAAUAUAUGAUCUAUUUCAGAAUACAUUGCACCCAAUCUAAAGACGGGAAGGAUGCUCGGGGAAAACCAUGUCAUACUGGCGGAAAACGUAAGUAGUAUUUACGUUUUGAGGAUAGAUCCACAAGCCUUCCGAUCCUAUCCUGAGAUGAGUACAGUUGACUCCCGGUAACUCGCGCAAAGCCUUGCUAACUCAACGUCGCGCUAAGUCGAAACGAAGUUGAUUUCCCAUGGAUUGCCUCAUACAUUUACUGUAAUUUUACCCUCGAUAACCCGAACCUCCCGCUGACUGGAAGUGAUUUUUGUUUGCCUUCAGAUUAUCUCCAUAUAAUUUUACCCUCGAUAACUCGAACCAUGUUUUAAGCGCGUGACAAGUCGGAAAAAAAAUACGGUGUUCCACUGUACUGAAUCCGAGGCACUGAAUUUAUUUCAAAGCAACCGUGUCAAUUCUUUGCCUUUACUUUUUUUGCCACUACUCCAGUUCAAAUUCAAUGUCCAUCCCUGUCGAGUGUACAUGAUACUUGCAUUCCCUCACCAUCUUUUUGCUUAUUUGCUUACAUGUACUUCCGGAUCUUUGCUGCAAAUUCCGAUAACUCGAACUUUUUUCGAUUUCUCGCUACAAGGUUCGAGUUGUCGUCGGGAGUAGACUGUACAUCAUAAAAAUACUCCGUUGUUAUCGAAUUAUACUUAGGAUGUAUAUAAGGGAAGUGGUCAAAAGAAAUCUACUCAAAGAGGACCGUCUUGACUAGGAGUGUCGUGCCGUAAAGGCUAUACAAGACAACACCCAUUAUUUUGAUAUCCCUAAUGGGGGCAAAUUAAUUUUAUUUAGUGACGCAAAAAUAUGGGAUAACACUGAAUACUCCAUUUUCGAUAUAUUAUUUUCGAUAUAUUAAAAUUCAUACUUGGCUCCGAGGCUUGGGGAAAUAAAACAAAAGAAAUGUAUCAUUCAUUAUUUAGCCUCAAGAUGAUUUCUUUUGUUUUAUUCCUCAAGUCUCACAACCAAGUAAGAGUUUUAAUACAUCGGAAUUGGUCUUUUAGUUUGUGUGCGUGAUCGAAGCUUACAUUCUCAGAUAACCUGCACUGGAGCACUGAAUCUUAUACUUCGUCUUUUUUUUAUGCUAGUAUAAGAGAGGAGGUAUGCAAUUAAGCAGCCCUAUCGUUUUAAGAGGGGAAGGGUGGUAUACUAUAUAGAGAAAAUGUUAGUCUUUAUAUAACUGGAGAGUUGGAUAAUGGAUGUGUAGAAUAGUUUGACCAUUUCUUCAAAGACCACGCCGCACCGUAAAACAGGCCUUGGUUCUCCGUUUCUGAUAUAUAAAAACGAGGUUAAAUAUAUAGAUAAUAACCCGUAUCCCUUAAUGGAACCUUCCAAAAUUUAGCUUUUUCUCUUAUAUCUCAUAUCUUUGUUAGUGAUUAUAAGUAUUUUAAUUUUUGGUGUCAGGGAUUAUAACGUCUAACCUACAUUUUUUUUAUACCAGUUCACACAGGUUUUUUAAAAAACAACAAUGAAAGAGGGAAAACGAAUUUCUCCAGUAUCCCGACACUUGAAUCAACAAGCAGUAGGCGCCGGGCUGAACCAAGCGGUGAAACAACAAAUGCUCAAACCGCGAAGCCUACAGAGUCAAAAAAUUCAAAACCAAGUAAGUUCAAGACAACGUACACGGUAUGGGGAGGCGAAAACUGCCGAGAGGACGUAACGAAAGUGUAUUCUGGUAAGUUUCAAAUCUCCCAAUGUAGGGUCAAAUUAGUUGGCCGAUUCCCCACAAAACCUUUAUUGGUAAGUCAAAAUGAACUUCGAUUGAUGCAAAAGGAAAAAGACUCGAGUGUCCGCAUCAUAAUUUUCUCCAUUUAAUUAAGGUAGAAUCUUUCCGCGACCAAAUUUAAUUGAAGUCGUUAUAGUCAGGUUGAGGCAAAGAAAAGUGAAUAUGAACUUGAGAAAUAGCUUGUCCUUUUACAAAAUGGAAUGUAAAAGCGCAAGAACUCAAAAAAUGAACAUCGGACGCAAAUCUUUGAAGGAGAUCGUUGGUAUUUUCACAUUUUGCUUAUAACCCGCACUGUUAAACCUCCGUCAUUGGUAUAUGGGAAAACGCUUUGAAUGGAUAAUAGUGCCUCGGGGGUACACUUGUAAUGAUGGCCUUUCAUAGACUAGCCGGCAGUGUGGCAGGCAUCAGAAAGGGAAGGGCAAGGAAUUUGGGCGCGAAACCGCGCGCAAGGGAGAAAGGAGGAGGGCGCCCUUUGCGCUUCUCACGCACCCAAAAUUCCCUUUUGCCAUUCCCUUUGAGAACGCGCCUGCCACGCAGGCUAUUCAUACAUGAAAAUCUUUAAAUAAGAACGACGGGGACCAGGUUUUAUGCGCCCGCGAGACCGAGCACCCCACACAAACCCUUCAUUGCACUAAAACCGCUGGAUGUCACAACCUGGUUGAGGUCAUCGUUAUCUAAGGUCUUCCUUCGCACAUAGACUUAUUUACUCCUUUAUUGUCUUACCAAUCAGGGAGAACCGCAACGCUUCAUUCCAGCUCCCAUCCUCGAUCGUCAAUUGGCUCGGAAUACAUGUGCAUUCCGGAUCGAAUUGAAUAUCCCAAGCACGAAAAUAUGUCAAGCGGACUCUACUUGUCACCCGUUAGAUACGCUGCAAACCUAGACAUUUUCACAGUUUUCCUUGAAAGCCAAUGCCAACGUCUUGGAGCUGAGAGAUGCAAGAGUUUGAAGUUAAAUCACCCUCACUUGUUCAAAAGACUCGAUAACUUUCAAAUUCCGUGUGCUGUGUGCUUGCGAGACAGACGAACUGUCACGAUCGUUACUCCAGGCCGAGACACUUGCCAAUCAGGUUCGUGGCAAAAGGAGUAUGCCGGGUAUUUAAUGACACAGGAAGAUGGGGCUGCGGGCUCCAAGCUUAUCUGUGUAAACGCCGAUGCGCAGGGCGUGGAUAAGAGCAAUACGACUGGUUCUCAGGGACCAUUUCUGCAACCUGUUGCAUAUAAAUGCCUUGGAGCCUCGUGCACUGAAAGCCAUAAUAAACCGAUGGCAUUGCCUUGCGUUGUAUGUUCGAUCUAA